AUGGAGUCGGUAGCUGCUGAGGCACCGCCGAUUCCACGCAAGCCAGCAUGCGUUCUUUGCAAAUCGCGGAAAGUCAAGUGCGAUCGCGAGAGCCCGGCGUGCGGAGGCUGCGUCAAGCUAGGCGCAGAGUGUGUACCACGCGAAAACUCAAAGACACGGAACCGGAAGAAGCCCAAUGUUGAACUUCAACGAAGACUGGCGCGAUGCGAGGAACUACUCCAGCAGUUCGUGGCCGCAGAAAAGCGCGAGAAGAGUAGCGAUGGUACUCGUACGGAGCCUAGUCCGAAAAGCGAUACAAGUACAAAGAUUGAGGAUCAGGAUCGGAGCCGGGAUCGCGAAAUGCAAGCGCUCGAGAACUCUCUUGGGAAGCUCGUUAUCGACAAAGGGUCUGUCAGGUUUACUGAUAGCACCCCUUGGGCCACGGUAUUCGAUGAGGUAAAUGCCCUGUCAACGGCCCCUUGA